AUGGUUUUACCUAUCAGGGUCCAUGGAAUGGGUUGUUGGGUUGUUGGUCACAUGACCAAUUCCCGCUACAUCAGUAGUGGGUCUUGUGGUGGUCGAAAGGGUGGGAAAAAAACAUGUGGAUCUGAGACAUCACGUUUUUUCACAUGGUCACAUGCAAUCUUGCUGGAGCUUGGAUGCUGCAUGUUGCCCCCAGCUAUCUGCAUAAUGAAACAUUCACGUGAUGCCAUUGGUCCAGAGGAUUCAGAUUUGACUGCCAGGGAGACUAUCAAAAGUUCGAGCUCCAACGCAAGCAAAGAUAUCCAAGGAGAGAUCAAAGUUGGCAACACGAUCCAAAAUUCCAAAUACAAAUGCAUGAUCCUACCAUGGGAAGAGUACAAGGCUCUUACGGAAGGUGGCCUGGUCAUCUUCACAAUAUCCAUCCAUACAUUCAUUAUGCCUAUCAAAGAUAAUCAGGGUAAUUUCACAGGCGGAGAGUGCAGGGUGUAUCAGUUGAACAUGCACAGCAUACUGAUUGUCGAUGAAUCCGACGCAGAGCCUGAACCACGCUACAAGCCGUACACUAGUGUUGCCGUGGUUUGGCUUGGUUCCGGUUGA